GCCUCUAAAUUGCCCGUAGGUGUGACUGUGAGUGCGAAUGGUUGUUUGUUCGUAUGUGCCCUGCGAUUGGCUGGCAACCAGUUCAGGGUGUACCCCGCCUCUUGCCCGAUGAUAGCUGGGAUAGGCUCCAGCACGCCCGCGACCCUAGUGAGGAGAAGCGGCUCAUAAAAUGGAUGGAUGGAUGAAUAACACAUAAUUGUGUAAGUUUGAACAUUUCAUUGAAUGAUGUCAAAUUAAUAAAAUAUACACCACAACAUUUGAUAAACACUUUCAAAACCAUCUCUUAAAUAAAUGACGUCAUCCACAACAAUUUUUAUCUCGCGUCUUGACUAGUUCUCGCUUCAUCUCCACGAUUCCAGAGCGUUCGAGAUGAAGCCCACGUUAAUAGUCAGUGUUGUGAUUUGUUAUUGCCUUCACAAUAAGAGCAAAUGUGGUUUAUCUGCGCUACCAUGGACCGAAAUCUACUCCCGUGUUUCUGUUUUAUUUUGAAAAGUCAUACAGGAACUUGCUGUUGUUGGUACCAUCCCUGACGAAACUUCUGGAAGUGUCCAGAGUGACAGUUCGGCUGAUAUAAAAGCAGCUGAGGGACAGCCAGAUAUCAGAGCAAGAACAAGAGCCACAAGAGAAGAUCCACAAGAUCCAAAGACCUCACAGAGCACUUUCAAGUAAGCAUCUUGACAGUCAAACAAACAAAAUGGCAUCAGCAAAAGGUGUCGCCAUCGGCAUCGACCUGGGCACCACGUAUUCCUGCGUGGGUGUUUUCCAGCACGGCAAAGUAGAGAUCAUCGCCAACGACCAAGGCAACAGAACCACGCCCAGCUACGUGGCAUUCACCGACACCGAGAGGCUCAUCGGCGACGCCGCCAAGAACCAGGUGGCGUUGAACCCCAGCAACACUGUGUUUGACGCCAAGCGACUGAUCGGAAGAAGGUUUGAUGAUCCGGUGGUGCAAGCGGACAUUAAGCACUGGUCCUUCAAGGUGGUCGCCGAUGGAGGCAAGGCCAAAAUCCAGGUGCAACACAAAGGCGAGGACAAGUCCUUCUACCCAGAGGAGAUCUCCUCCAUGGUGCUGGUUAAAAUGAAGGAGACGGCCGAAGCCUACCUGGGUCAGCAGGUGUCCAGUGCCGUGGUCACGGUCCCUGCCUACUUUAACGACUCUCAGCGGCAGGCCACCAAAGACGCAGGCGUCAUCGCGGGACUGAACAUCCUAAGAAUCAUCAAUGAGCCCACAGCGGCCGCCAUCGCCUACGGUCUGGACAAAGGCAAGUCGGGAGAACGCAACAUCCUCAUCUUUGACCUGGGUGGCGGCACCUUCGACGUGUCCAUCCUCACCAUCGAGGGUGGCAUCUUCGAGGUCAAAGCCACCGCCGGAGACACGCAUUUGGGCGGAGAGGACUUUGACAACCGCAUGGUGGAGCACUUUGUGGCCGAGUUCAAGAGGAAGCACAAGAAGGACAUCAGCCAGAACAAGAGGGCCUUGAGGAGGCUGCGCACCGCCUGUGAGCGGGCCAAGAGAACGCUGUCCUCCAGCUCCCAGGCCAACAUCGAGAUCGACUCCCUCUUUGAGGGCGUCGACUUCUACACCUCCAUCACCAGAGCUCGCUUUGAGGAGCUGUGCUCCGACCUGUUUAGGGGAACUCUGGAGCCGGUAGAGAAAGCCCUGAGGGACGCCAAGAUGGACAAGGGCCAGAUCCACGACGUGGUCCUGGUCGGCGGCUCCACGCGUAUUCCCAGAAUCCAGAAGCUCCUCCAGGACUUCUUCAACGGCAGGGAGCUGAACAAGAGCAUUAACCCCGACGAGGCGGUGGCUUACGGCGCCGCCGUCCAGGCCGCCAUCCUCACGGGGGACACCUCGGGCAACGUCCAGGACCUGCUGCUGCUGGACGUGGCGCCUCUCUCGCUGGGCAUCGAGACCGCUGGAGGAGUUAUGACGGCGCUCAUCAAACGCAACACCACCAUCCCCACCAAGCAGACGCAGAUCUUCAGCACCUACUCCGACAACCAGCCCGGCGUCCUCAUCCAGGUCUUGGAGGGCGAGAGAGCCAUGACCAAGGACAACAACCUGCUGGGAACGUUUGAGCUGAGCGGAAUCCCGCCAGCUCCCCGAGGCGUGCCACAGAUCGAGGUCACCUUCGACGUGGACGCCAACGGCAUCUUGAAUGUUUCGGCGGUGGACAAAAGCACCGGCAAAGAGAACAAGAUCACCAUCACCAAUGACAAAGGUCGUUUGAGCAGAGAGGACAUCGGGAAGAUGGUGGACGAUGCCCAAAAGUACAAAGCUGAGGAUGAACUGCAGCGGGACAAGAUCGCCGCCAAGAAUGCUCUGGAGUCCCACGCCUUUAACGUAAAGAGCAGCGUGCAGGACGAGAAGCUGGCGGCCAAGUUGAGCGAGGAGGACAUGAAGAAGAUGAUGGACAAGUGCAAUGAGACCCUCAGCUGGCUGGAGAACAACCAGCUGGCAGACAAAGAUGAGUUCCAACACAAGCAAAAGGAGCUGGAACGAGUGUGUCAGCCAAUCAUCAGCAAGUUGUAUCAGGGGGUGGGGCCUGCGCAAGGCUGCAGGGCGCAGGCCCAGGCCGGCGCCCAAUCCGGUGCCCAGGGGCCCACUAUUGAAGAGGUGGACUGAGGACUUUUCUUGCAUCUCAGAGUUGAAGACGAAUUUUAAAAUGUUACUAUUUAAAAUGUUUAAACUAUAAUUGUGUUUACUUUGUCAUGUACCUAAUUAAUUUGGUAAAUAAAUUCUUUCAGUUUGA